AUGCCACUUGCGCCUGGGCGCUCGGGGUCAGUGACCCUGCAAGGAAGGUUCCUUUUCAGCACAGAUGCUCUUCUAGGCCAGGGCUGCGCGGCCAAAGUCUACAAGGGCACAGAUGUGAGUUGUGGCAGACCCGUAGCGGUGAAGAUUUACAAAGAUGCUGGAAGGAUGUGUUUGCAUUGCUUCCAAAACGCCAUCAAAGUUAGUGGCAUCCUGCAUCGUGCCGCACGUGGCAACAGCCCGGAGGAGAAGUUGAUCUCGAAAGGGCUCUUUGUGGAGCUUCUGGGUCAUUCCAUGGAUGGCCAUCAGCCAGGCAUCCAGGAAGGCCAACUCUUCACCAUUUUGGAACUGGGUGGUCCUUCCCUGGAGGACAGCCUUGCAGCGCGCCUGGGACACCGGGACCUCUUGGCGCUGCCGGAGCUCAGAGAGUUGAGCUGGGCGCUGGCGUCCAUUUUGUGGCGGUUGCAGUCACUUCAGCUGGUGCAUCUGGACAUCAAACCAUCGAAUCUGGUCUGCUUUCAGCAUGGAGGCAAAUCUCAGUGGAAAUUGAUCGAUCUGGAUUGCGUGAGUUCCACGGAGGCCACGGCGCGUUUCGGGGACAUCACCUUCACCCCCGCCUACAUGGCGCCAGAGCUGGCACGCGCUUAUCUACACGCGGGUCCGGGGCGAGCACAACGCUGCCCGGUCAUUCUGAGUCCUGCCAUGGAUCUUUGGAGCGCUGGAGUGUGUGCACUUGAAGCAGUGGUCCUGUCAUCCCCCCUGCAUGACCGAUAUUUGAAGCUUCAAGGGCAGACGGGCAGCGACCACGAGUUUCUCAGCUGGUUGGGCUCCAAGGAGGCCUUGCUCUCGCAGGAUGUCUGGGACUUCCUGCAGAAAAAACAUCCGGCAAGAUCUCAGCACCUGCCUGGUGCCAAGGACAUGCAGAGCCUUUUGGCGGGCAUGCUGACAAAGGACGUUGCGACUAGAUUCAAAGCGCGCGAUUGCUUGAUGCAUGCGUUCUUCAAACCAAUCCGCGAGGAGGCACGGAAGGCGCAGCCCGGUCGUUCGCACUCUAUGCAGCUGCCAGAUCAUCACAGCCGACAGCGAGAGAUGCCCAAAGUGCUUCAUCCGCCACCAGUCGCGUCCGCACCUGGAUUCGGAGAUCAGCGAAAGGCCAUGUUGCAAGACUUGGCGGUGCUGUGUGGCGCGGAGCUGGUUAGUGAGGAGACGGGACGCAAACUUGACGAGACUUUUGAUGUGGAAUGGAUGGGCACGGCAGAAACCAUUACCGUCACCAAGGACGACACUGUGAUCUUAGGUGGUGCAGGCAACAAGGAUGACAUCCAAGCCCGCACCGAGCAGAUUGAGGCCAUCAUGGAGGGCACCACCUCUUCAUACGAGAAAGACAAGCUGAAAGAGCGCCUCGCCAAACUCUCCGGUGGUGUGGCGGUCAUCAAGGUGGGUGGCGCAUCUGAAGUGGAAGUUGGGGAAGUGAAGGACCGCUUGGACGAUGCCUUGUGCGCUACACGCGCGGCUGUGUCCGAGGGCAUCGUGCCUGGUGGCGGCUCCGCACUACUCUACUGCUCCCAAAAGCUGGAGACCCUUGACCUCGGAAACUUUGACCAGAACGUGGGCAAGGACAUCGUGAAGCAAGCUCUGAAGGUGCCCAUCAUGGCCAUCACCCAGAACGCUGGCAAGGAGGGCUCUGUGAUUGUGGAGUACUUGCUGAAGAAGGGUGACACACAACUGGGCUACAAUGCUCAGACUCAUGAAUAUGUGGACAUGAUCAGCAGCGGCAUCAUUGAUCCUACCCUGGUGGUUCGCAGUGCCCUUGCGGAUGCCGCCUCGGUGGCGUCGCUGAUGACCACCACGGAGUGUGUGGUGACGGAGAUUCCCGAAGAGAAGAGCCCAGCUGGUGGCAUGGGAGGUAUGGAUGGCAUGGGUGGCAUGGGCGGCAUGGGUGGCAUGGGUGGCAUGGGCAUGAUGUAA